AUGUUUAGCACGGUAAGAAUAGCAGCCCGCCGCGGCAUUUUACGGGGCGGAACUGUGGCUGUUUCGUCGGCACACAUGCCCCAACAGAUAUUUAUUGGAUUAAGAACACAGAGCACCGGAUUUCGAACACAAUUUGAGCUUCAGCACAAUUCUGUGAGGUAUGGAAGCACGUCGGCACAAGGGAUGUGGGACUCGAUAAAGGGGAUGUUUGGUCUAUCGUCGGGAAGUGGCAAUUCUGUGGGUGACGUGGCCGAGAAAGCAUCAGAUGCAGUUUCGCAAGCAGCAGAGCCAAUAACAUCGGCAUCGGGGCAAACAGUGGCGGAGAAAGUGGCAGAGAAGGCAUCAGAGACGGCUGCAAACGUGGUAGACGGCACAAAAGAGACAGUGGGCUCUGUUGACCCGUCGAGUGCCGCCAAUUCCAUUCCUUUCGACACUACUCUAGGAUUCGACACUCCAGAUGCAGUCGAAGCAGCUACAGAUGCAGCAUCACAGAUCAGCACGUCCCUGACGCCAGACCAGCUUGGAUACUUGCAUUCUGUGGGUUUGGUGGACGGCUGGUGGCCGAGUGACAUGUUUCAAGAGGCACUAGAACUUGUUCAUGUGUUCACAGGCAUGCCAUGGUGGUUGACCAUCAGUGUGACAACAAUUGCCAUCAGAGUGUUGAUUUUCCCGCUCUUUGUGCGGUCGUCGGACACGACGGCGAAGUCGCAGAAGAUUAUGCCGCUCACAAACAAGAUCCGGGGCGAAAUAAGCCAGGCUACCAGGCGUGGUGACCAGAGAAUGCAACAGAUAAAGACUUUCCAGUUGAAGGAGCUCAACAAGCGCUAUGGCAUACGAUACAGGGACAUGUUCAUAUCCCCAGUCGUGCAGAUGGCAUUUGCCAUGGGUGCCUUUUUCGGGGUUAGGGAGAUGGCCAAUCUUCCAAUCGACACUUUCAACACUGGAGGUGCACUUUGGUUCGCAGACCUAACAGCCGCCGACCCAUACGUUGGACUCCAAAUCAUCUCCGCCUGCCUUUAUGCGGGAUCCUUCUUGCUAGGCGGUGAAACCGCCAUGUCUCAGACCAGUGCCACGAUGAAGAAAGUGUUUGUCGUUCUGCCGUUUGCCUCGAUUCUCUUCACUUGGAACCUAUCAGCCGGUGUAAUGGUGUAUCUCACCGCCAACGGUGUGUGCUCCGUUAUCCAGUCCAGGCUUUUACGCUCUCCCGGAUUCAGAAAUUGGGCAAAGAUUGCUCCUCUCACCGCCAAAACCCAAACCAACCCGUUUGCUGCCACCCCGGGCGAAAAGAAGAAGGGGAUGUUCGACAAGAUGACACAAGGCUGGGAUGACAUGAAGAACAACUCGAAGGUUCGCGUGGAGAUGCAGGAGAAGGCUGAUCAGGCCACAAAACUGUUGAAGAAGCGGGCCCAGUCAUCCCGCGUGAUUAUCAAGAGGAGGAAGUGA